GAUAUAAAAACGAAAGCGUCCGCGAACCAGACAAGCAGUUUAGAACCAAACUCGAGCGCGACACCAUGUAUUUCCUUGUGAACUUUAUCGUUGCGCUGGCCGUGAUGCAGGUGCAGGCCGGCUCCUACGUCCCAGACUCGGAUCGGAACACCCACACCCUCCAGAACGAUCUGCAGGUGGAGCGGGACGGCAACUACCGCUACGCCUACGAGACCUCCAACGGGAUCUCCGCAUCGCAGGAGGGACUGGGCGGUGUGUCCGUCCAGGGCGGCAACAGUUACACCUCGCCCGAGGGCGAAGUCAUCAGCACGAGCUAUGUGGCCGACGAGUUCGGCUACCAUCCCGUGGGCUCGCACAUCCCCCAAGUUCCCGACUACAUUCUGCGCGCCUUGGAGUACAUAAGGACGCAUCCGUACCAGGUCAGGGAUUACUACACCGGCGAGCUGAAGACCGUGGAGCACGACGCGGCCGCCUUCAAUGUGUACACCCGCAACAACCAGGAUGCAAAGGCACCCAAAUCACGUCCGAGCACCACUCCAAAGACCAUCUACCUGACCCAUCCGCCCACGACCACGUUGCGACCUCUGCGGCAAAGACGAGGUGCUCCGCUACACUGAUGAUCGAUGGUUCUCGAGGGAACACUUUGAGGGGGAAGGGGCUGGUCUCUUUGGAAUCCACCAGACGAAUCUGUGAAUUUUGAUCUAAACAAAUAAUUAAGCCACGAACAAUAAAUAGAAGUGCUAAGCAAACGUUA